CAUAGAUAAAUCCUACUGAUGGUGAUACCCUCUGAUACUACUACUAUUAGGUGCAAGGUGCAUAAUAUACUCCAUAGUCUCAGUCUUAGAACUUCAGAUUUGCAAAAACCCGACCAACUUUGUUAAUAGGCCUAGGAGGAGAGCAGAGUCUCCGCACAGUGUUGAUAAGCACAUGGGUCACAUAACUUAGAAACCGUGCAGCAUCCAAUAUGGAACCAGACAGAGGAAGAGGAAAGAGAGGCGGAGGAAAGCCUUUUAGAGGAAACGCUGGAAGGCAAAGACAUUUUGGAGGAAACAAGAACAAAAAUGCACCCAAUGUUAAUCAACAUCCGAAUCCUAAUCAGUUCAGAGAAGGCAUGGGGCCAAAUCAGCCACCACCAUUUACAGGACACGCACCUCCUGCUAUGGAUCCCAGGAGAUUCCAACAACCCUUUGCACCUCCGACAUACCCUCCGCAAUUCGGAAAUCCUCCCCCACGAUUUCCUCAACAGUUUUCUCCCCCUCCUCCACAAUUCCAUCAGCAGUUCUCUCCUCACCAACCACCUACUCAUAGACCAGAAUACAGUCCGCAUCAUGGUUUCUAUCAAAAUCCUGUGGGAGGUUCCCAUCCAGUAUUUAAUGAAAACAGAAGAAAUGUUCACAGUUUUAACCAGGAAUCACCGCAAAUGCGCCCAGAUGGCCUGUCGAGGCCACCUUCAAAUUUUGACUUUAGUCAACCAGCAGAUCCUUACAAUCCUGAACUACCAUAUCCAAAGACAGAUGAAAGAUCCAAACAGGAAAAUAACCAGGGGCGUGCCCAGAGGGAAAAACGAGCCCCAAGGUUUAAUGUUCCAAGAGAUCGUAGAUCAGGAACACCUAGUGGACACACUUGGAACUCUGAAACUAAUUUACACCGUGUGAACAGUGUAGAAAGCUUAAAAUCAGAAAAGAGUGUAAAUCUUGAUACGAGUAACCAGAAGUCCCAGAAUAGAGGUGGUAGAAAGAGGAGGGACCCUCGGAAUAGUAAUAACCAAACACCCAACAAUAUGUUUAGUAACCCACCUGAAAUGGGUGCAGACAUGAGUGACAACUGGCAGCAUAUCAGACGUGCAUCCCAAAGUAAUGAUAUAGAUAAUAUCUCAAAUUAUUCUGGAUACAGUCAGAAAAGCGAAACACACUUUAGAGGAAGGGGAAACAUGAGAGCAAGAGGACGAGGUAGGGGCAAUGGAGCAAGGGCAAAUAACUUUGAAAGACCACAGAGUAGAAAUUCUUCAACUGGUGAUUUUGUCAAUGAUUUUGAAAAUUUGAAUCUAACCAUGGAAUCAGGUCUUGGAAAUAAGCAAUCAAGAAACAUACAGAAAAACCGAAGAGGACGAGGAAAGAAUCAGGAUUCCAAAGAUAAUAAGUCAGAUCAUAACGAAGGUGGUGAAAACAUUAGGCUUUCUUUGAGUGAUGAAGAUAAUACAAAUCUAAGCAGCGAUACACCCACCGAUUCAAACAAGAGUGAGAGUAACCAAACGGUUGGAAAUGACAAUAUAGAAAGUGGGGCUCAGCAACAAAAAGACAAGUCAAAGAAAAAUCAACGCAAAUCAAAAAACAAAAAUAAUACAGCUCAAAUGAAGUCUAAUGAACAAGUAUCAAACAUUACAGUCGAACAACUUGAAAAUUUAAAGAAGCAAGACCCCUUGAUAAUCAUCGAAAUAUUAUCUGCCAAAGAAAGUGAAUUCGGAUCAAUAUUUCAGGACACUUUGGAACCAGACAUUUUGAUUUUGGCAGUUGAAGUAUUAAGUAAAAUCUGUGAAUCACCCUCCAGUCAAAUGAGAGCUGAAGUAUUGAGGCAGGCCAGUUUGCCUUCUUUUGCAGAUCAGUUGUUCACUUGUGUUACAGAGUUUCCCUAUCUCGAAGACGAGAAAAUGCUACAACAAGUAAAUCAGUUUUUUGAAAACACUAUUUUGUUUUACGAAACAUUGGCGGAUUUCAUGCCUAGCGCUGUGAGAAUGUGGCAUAAUCAUGUAGUGGAAGUACAAAAGUCUUUAAAAAUAAUGACAAAAAAUCCCAAGAUUGAAUUAAACUGCAACCUUGUUAGCAUGGCAAAAAAUCUCCUGAAUGAAAUAGGUCAAAACCUGAAGGAAGAUGUGGAAAAACCAAAAGAAUCAAGAAAUGAGAAGAAAAAAGAAAAAUAUUUUCCUGAACCGGUUGGAAAUUUUAGAACUGUAUCUCUUUACCCACGACCAGAAGAUGUGUAUGAAGAACAGCCUUUCCUGUACCCAAACAUAAUCCAAGGUCCAUAUCAAAGUGUGGAACAUUAUCUUGACAUACAUUUUAAACUUCUCAGAGAAGAUUUCAUGAGCCCAAUCCGCCAAGCAAUGAGAGUUUAUAAAAAGCAAUGCAACACCAAAGACCGAUUCAAAAGAGUAGAUAAUGUCCGAAUUUACAGAAAAGUAAAAUUCCUUCACUCCAAAACUGUACUCGACACUGUUGGUUAUGAGGUUUGUUUUGACGUUGAUAAAAAAAUCAACAGAGUGAAUUGGGAAUUCUCUAAUAGAUUUAUGUAUGGAUCUCUACUCUUAUUUACUAAUGACAAUUUUGAUUCAUUCUUUUUGGCCACUGUUGCCAAUAGAAAUGUAAAGGAAUUGCAGGACAAGCUUGUUACAGUAGAACUGGUUCAGAAUCCAGAAAAUGUAAAAUCCAUCCUGGGAAAAGAGUUUAUUAUGGCUGAAAGUGAAGCUUAUUUCAAUCCCUAUUUCCACGUACUCAAAGCGUUGCAGAGGUUCAACGAAACUAAUUUUCCUCUCGGCAAGUACAUUGUCGAGGUUAGCACAGAAACAGAGCCUCCAAGAUAUUUGGGUUUUGAUGACCAAUAUGUAAUCAAUGGGCUUGGACAGACUUUUGGGUGCAGAGUUUUGGAUUACAGGGAUUGGCCCACACCCGAGCAACUAGGAUUGGACCCUUCUCAAUAUGGGGCCUUCAGGGCUGCUCUUACCAACGAUCUCACCGUCAUUCAAGGUCCUCCAGGAACUGGGAAAACAUUCUUAGGUUUAAAAAUCGCUCAUGCACUGCUCAAGAAUGCUCAUGUAUGGAAUGAGAAUAGCACACCUAUAUUCGUUGUUUGUUUUACCAACCACGCUUUGGACCAGUUCUUGGAGGGACUUCUCCCUGUCACUACUAAACUCGUAAGAAUCGGUGGAAAGAGCAAAGGUAGUGAACUUGAUAAAUUUAAUAUCCGUGAAAGAAGAAGAGAACACAGUUACUACAAGAAAGCUCAAGGAAGAGAAAUCAGGGACUUGAAACUGAAAAUGUCUACCGUUUUCAAAGACAUACAAGUCUACCAGUCCAAUUUAAGAGCUUUAGAACACACUACUGGUGUUGUUUCUUUGGCCACUUUGAAACUUGUGAUGGGCGAUGAACAAAGAAACUACUUCAGUGGGGACGAAGACUUCUUAGAUUGGCUCCUGGAAGGGGUAGCAGGGUCCAAGGAAAAAGACAAAGUUAAAAUCACCAUCACAGCUGACAGAGGAGUAGUAAGGGAAGCUCCAAAAGUGGAUCCUCUCGUAGCCGAUGCUGAAGAUUUGAGGGUCAAGCAAGCAUUCUUUGAUACAAUCGAUCUAGACCUGAAUGUUGGUCCGUCAGAAGACACUGUGAUUGUACAGUUUGCUUGUGUCUUGGACAAUUUGGCUAAAAAAUAUGACCAACUGUCACAACAGCUUGGUGGCAAAAACAAAUUGCACAGAUCUCAGCUUUUACAAAUCAGUGAAACAAAAAAUAGCUUAGGUUUGACCAUCACACACCUGAGGAAAGAACUCGUGGAGGCUAAAAAAUGCCCCCGAUCUGUUACUGAAAAGUUUAACCUACAGGAGCAAAGAUAUUUACGAGGUCUCAAGCCAGACGAAAGAUGGAGGCUGUAUCAUUCUUGGAUAGAAAUAUUGCGUGACGGACUCACCGUCACUCUGGGACAGAAAGAUACAGAAUACAAGGAUUAUUCUUAUCGGUAUGAGCAGAUGCGGCAGAGCGAUGAUUUGCAGAUUUUGAGAACAGCCAAUGUGGUUGGAACAACGACAACUUUGGCGGCCAAGUUCCAGCCGAUGUUCGAAGCUCUUGCACCCAGAAUAGUGAUUGUAGAAGAGGCCGCUGAAGUUCUAGAAGCGCAUAUUAUUGCAUCCUUAUCAAAAAGCUGUGAACACUUGAUACUUAUUGGUGAUCACAAACAGCUGCGACCAAGCGUGGCGGAAACACGAAUGGCUCGGCAGUACCACCUGGACGUCUCGUUGUUUGAACGGUUGGUGCUGAACGACAUGGCCUGUCACACGCUGACUCUGCAGCAUCGGAUGCGGCCGGAGAUCUCUAAACAGCUGGUGCCGACCAUCUACCCGCUGCUGAGAGACGAUCCUAGCGUCCUGGACCGACCAAGCAUCCGAGGAAUGGACAAGAACGUCUUCUUUAUGACUCACAACCACUUUGAGGAUGAGGUGGUUGAAAUAACAAGCAAACGCAACAGGUUUGAAGCUGAAAUCUUACUGAAUCUUGCCAAAUAUCUUGUGCAACAGGGCUACAAACCUCAAGAUAUAACAAUUCUGGCCACAUACAAGGGUCAGAUGUACCACAUGAAAAGUGAAAUCAAGAACAUGACCGGAUUUCCUAAAGGGAUACAGAUCACAGUCGUGGACAACUUCCAAGGCGAGGAAAAUAAAAUCAUCCUCCUCUCUAUGGUGCGAAGCAACGCAGUCAACAAGAUUGGGUUUUUGGAAAUUGAGAAUCGGAUCUGUGUGGCUCUGUCUAGAGCUAGAGACGGUCUUUAUAUCGUGGGCAAUAUGAAUUGUCUGGUGGCCAACUCAGACAUUUGGGCCAGAAUCAGAAACAGUCUGACCGUACAGCAAAGUUAUGGACCAGCACUAUUCUUGCGAUGUCAGAUUCAUCAAGAGCAGAAGACAAUGAUACAAUCAGCAAAAGACUUCAGUAAGGUAUCAGAGGGAGGGUGCAGCCUUCUAUGUGGUCAGCCUCUGGCUUGUGGUCACUCAUGCAAGUCCAUGUGUCAUGUGGAGCAAGACUACCACAAGAGAUACAAGUGUAAGGAGGCGUGCAGCAAAGUUCUGUGUGCGGAAGGUCACAUGUGCCCCAAGAAAUGUCAUCAGCCAUGUGGCGACUGCCAAAUACCCAUGAGGAGACAACUGCCUUGUGGGCAUUCCGCUGACGUUCCUUGUCACAAGGACAUAAGAACUCACCAAUGUGAACAGCCUGUUGAAGUGCGGGUUCCUUCCUGUCGUCACAUCAUAACUGUGCAAUGUCACACCAGGCACUUCCCGGUUUGCUCCUUGCCUUGUACUCGGAGACUGGAUUGUGGCCAUAGUUGCGAAAUGAUGUGUCAUGAGACCGAAGACCCUGACCAUUUAGAAUACGUCUGUAGAAAGCCUUGUGCUCGUCUCAACGCUGGCUGCACAAAGGAUCAUAAGUGCCCGUUAUUAUGCGUCGAACCAUGCAACCCCUGCUCCGAAAUGGUAAUAAGAGAGCUUCCUUGCAAACACCUUCUGAAGCUGGCCUGUAGUGCUGACCUCAAUUCUGUACUAUGUCAGCAGAAGUGCGCGAAAACUCUACCCUGCUCACAUCGCUGCACCAAGAAAUGCUUCCAAAACUGUGGACCUUGUGACGUCCAAGUUGAGAAGACUGUAAUCGGAUGCAGACACAUGGUAAAGGUGGAGUGUAGCACUCCUGCUACGAGACAGAUCUGUACUGGACGGUGUCCGAACGAGAUGAGGUGUGGUCACCAAUGUGCCAAACGCUGCAAGGACGAGUGCUCUGUGACAGACUGUGAAGUACUUGUUCCUGUUAAGGAGAAGAAAACGGUGUUUGGGUUGUCAGUGUUCAGUAAGAAACUGUAUCCGCUUUUGUGCGGCCACAGUGAAGCCCAUGUGCCGUGCAACAAGAAACAACUUGUUGACCAAAUGAGUCCAGAGGAGUUGAUGAAAUACUGCCAGAAUCCGUGCGGUCAAGUUUUGAACUGCAAGCAUCGUUGUAGCGGAACUUGCAGCGAGUGUAUGCAGGGCCGUAUACAUAAAGUGUGCACCGAGACUUGCGGCAAUGUCCUCGUUUGCGGUCACAGUUGCAAAGUCAACUGUAGAGAGGUGUGCCCUCCGUGCAAGGAGCCGUGCAGACACGAGUGCAAACACUCGAAAUGCAGCAGAAAAUGUGGCGAGGAGUGUGUUUCUUGCAAGGAGCCGUGUGACUACUCUUGUCCACAUCUGAAGUGCUUGCGUCGCUGCGGCGAGCUGUGUGAUCGAGAUCCGUGUUAUGAGUCUUGCCCACAGCGGCUGAGCUGCGGACACUCAUGUGUUGGUUUCUGCGGCGAGCCUUGCCCUCCUUGUCGCCAGUGUGAGCCGAAACAUUUUGAGGAGAUAUUCUACACUGGAGAAGAAACCGAGGAGGAUUCCAAAUGGGUACUGCUAGUCGACUGUGGACACACGUUAGAAUCGACUGGUCUUGAAAUGUGGCUCAACAUAGAGCAAGAUGGAGGAGAGAUCGGCUGCAAAGUGUGCCCUCGUUGUAAAUCGCCGAUCGUCCAAACCCAGAGGUUCAUGAACCUUAUCAAGAAAACAUACAUGGACAUACAGCAAGUGAAAGCCAAGUGUUUCGGAAAACGAGACGAAAUAUCUAGAGAACGUGCUAAAGCUUUGAGGAGGAUACAACAGAUAACUUUCCAACAGAUGUCAACUAGGGAUCAACAAAUGGACGAUGAAUUGCAGAAAAUGUACCUUGAGCUUCUAGUAGAACUGCCAGAUGUAAAGGGUAAAAAGAGAAACACAAUUGAUACUCAGAGAUUACAUCUGCUGUGCUUCUGGACCGAGUUCUUUAUUUCUGUUUAUUCAAGAAAACUAGAGGUUUGGUCCAAAUUGUUUGAGGAGGGAAAAAUAUUGUUAAAUGCCAAUAUAAACUGCAUCACCAAACUUUUGAUGAAAAGACGUCACAAGAUCAGUGAACAGGAGAUGGAGUGUUUUCAACGAGAAGUGAAACGCAUUCACAGAAUCGCUGAUCUUCUCGUUUACGUGAAUUCAGCAGAAUACCGCAUGGCAGCUUCAAAUUCCAUUGUGAAAGAGACAAGAAAGGCUGCUGAACAUGUCAUUUUUUCAAUCUCUGCUUAUGACGACGUAUACGAUGAAGUUGCCAAACACCAACUUGAAAAACUUAAAACCCUCAUCAGAAGCUCUUCCGAAGUGACUGCAGCAGAAAGAUCGAUGAUAAAUCAAGCGAUGUCUUCAAGUUUUAGAAGUGCUCAGAAGACUGGCCAUUGGUUCAAGUGCAAGAACGGUCAUCUGUACUGUAUUACCGAGUGUGGCGGAGCGAUGGAAGUUGCUAUUUGUCCUGUGAGAGGAUGCGGGCAAAAGAUUGGCGGCCAGAAUCAUCAGUUGCUGGAGGGUCAGGAUCUUGCUUCGGAAAUGGAUGGAGCCAGAUAUGCUGCUUGGUCAGACGCCAACAACAUGGCCAACUUCAACUUCUAAAUGUGAUGUAAAAAUCUAUAUAUUGAAAUUUAUUCUAUAAAUAUGUGUGAAUUUUUAAAGUUUUUUUUACUUCUUUUGAAUUAUAAUCUACCGUUUUAAAAUUAGUUUUACAGUAGCCUACCUCUUAUCCAACUACUAUUCAAUUGGGCAAAGCUUAACCAAGAGUAUGCCAAAACAUGGGCAUACGCUAUAAACUGAUCACUUAUUUAAAAAAAAUACAUUGUUUCAAGUGGUUGUGGUCAGCUGGAAAAGAAUAAUUUUUUUAUUUUUAAAAAAUAACUCAAUUACUCACGUUCACAUGUUCCUGUAAAUAUAAUUUUCUUUUUUUUCUGUUCGAUAAUCGAUAUUAAAUUUGUUUGCAACUUGGAGUAGUUCAUCUUGGAAGUAAAAACUUUCUGUCUGAUAAUAAACCUUUCCAGUGAUUGUUUUUAAGUUUCUGUAGUUUUUUUACAAGGUUACAUGUUUUGUUUUUCGGUUCAGUUUCAAAUUCUUUUUCCUUUUCAGUAAAUUUUUAAGUUAUUUUGAGUUUUUAUUGUUUAAAAGUUCAUCCUUUUUACAAUGCGGUUAUUUAAAAAAUGUUAAAUCCAGGCUGCCACUGCUUACUAGAAACAUUACAUGAUAUAUAAUAUGAUGUAAAAUAGAAGGACAAUAAUACAGCUCAUAGAAUAUAUAACUUAGGCAUUGGGAAACAUUAAUUGAAUGAGUUUUAGACCUCAUUGCUAUAUCGGACGGCUUUAUCUGGUUAAGUCUCCGAGGUAGGCUACUGUAUAGUCAAAGUUACAUAAUAUUGUUAUGCUCGGUACUUGUUGUUAGUAUGCUUUAUACUGUUAUAAAAAAGGUAUGGUUUUGUCUUAUGGGUAUCGUCUUAAAUAUGGGGUUUCAUAAUCUGUUUUGCAUACAAGAAAAUGUUUAAAGUCCAGCCAGAAUAGUUUGUACUCUAAUAAAAAUUACUAUAUUAUAUUUUGUUAUUUUUCUGUUUUGCACACAAGAAAAUGUUUUAAGUCCAGCCAGAAUAGUUUGUAGGCCUACUGUAAUAAAAAUCACUAUAUUAUUUUAUUUUUUUUCUGUUUUGCAUGCAAGAAAAGUAUUUAAGUCUAGCCAGAAUAGUUUGUACUGCAAUAAAAAUCACUAUAUAUAUUUUGUUAUUUUUUUGUCAAAUGUUUCUGCAACUGUUACUGCUUUUAGUUGACUUAUUUAAAUUGUGAUUCAAAUGGAUACAAUAAUAAAGACUGCAUCUUUAACUGUAAUUAUUUAUGACUACUAUUUAUUCCAUCUGUUUUACCAAGGUUUGUUAUGUUGUACAAAGGCAAACGUUGCUAGUAAAUUGUUUGAUAUUGUA